AUGCGUAAAGAAUAUAUUAGCGAAUUUGUGCUAGUCAGCUGUAUGGGUCGAAUGGGAAUGCCGGCUUCAGUGGAUGCAAGCAAUAAUCGAGGCGUUUCAGAUAAAGUAGCAGAAGACAAUGAGGAAAGUGGGAGACAGUAUAAAAAUGGAGAUGACAAUGUGGACGGCGAUGAUACUCUUAGUGCGGUUCAUACUGACUCCAUUGGUGAAAAUGAAUCAAUCGCGAUAUUUCGUCGACGCAAGCGGCAACAUAAGCCAGUAAGGAGAGCGGGUCGCAAGAUGAAGAUGAAGAUGAAGAGGUGGACGGCGAUGAUACUCUUAGUGCGAAUCAUACUGACUCCACUGGUCGAUCUGCUCUUUUGA